AUGUGGGCAUUGAGAGCUCUUAAUUUGGACUUGGCAAAAACUUCAAAAGAAAGAGUAGAGCAGUUAAACGAGUUGGACAAAUUUAGGUUUAAAGCUUACAAAAGUUCAGCUCUUUUCAAGGAAAAGAUGAAGAAAUGGCAUGAUGCUAAGAUACUUAAGAGAGAGUUUAAAGUGGGAGAUUGGGUGUUGCUAUACAAUUCACGACUGAAGUUGUUUCCUCGAAAGCUCAAAUUGAAAUGGUCAGGACCAUUUAGAGUGACGCAAGUGUUCCCAAACGGCAUUAUAGAAGUUGAAGGGCAAGAAGGACAUACUUUUAAGGUGGACGGGCAGCGUUUGAAAUUAUACUUUUGUGAAUGUCAGGAGAUUUCUUUGAUUGAAUUUGAUGCAAUACAAAUUGCCUCAAGGCUAUCUAUUCACGAACAUCAACGAUUUGAUGGAGUGUUCACAAGGAUGAAGACUCUUGGGCAUGUAUGGAUGAUGAGGAGGGAGUUCCAUGCCUUGCAUGGGAACAUAUGCACUUGA